AUGCUAAUUUACAAUGAGCAACCAACAGAAAAUAAAAUCUCCAUUUCGUCGCUAAUAGAACAACAUGGAAGUGCCGGAAAUUUGCGACCGUCAGCUGUGGCAAGAGUGGGACAGGCUGUCAACUUGGCUGUGGAACGAUUCGUGACAGUGGGAGAAACAAUUGCAGAUGAUUAUCCAGAAGUUAGGCAGGGAAUGUAUGAAGCGUGUAAGGAAGCGCGUCAGGCGGGUUCAGCAAUCGAGCAUAUCUGUGAAGUACAUGACGAGGAAGUCUCUCCCGAUAGGACCACAUUAGUUAGAGCUGCACGAUGUCUACUGGGUGCUAUUACUAGAGUUUUACUUUUGGCUGACAUCGUAGUUGUGAAACAACUUCUGUUUGCCAAAGAUAAGGUGUCACACAGUUUAGACCGAUUAGAAUCCGUGAGCAACUUCACAGAAUUUGUCAAAGCGUUUAGUCAGUUUGGUGCUGAAAUGGUUGAAUUAGCGCAUUUAACGGGUGAUAGACAGAACGACCUCAAAGACGAAAGGAGAAGAGCCCAAAUGGCUGCUGCUAGACAAGUAUUAGAAAGAUCGACGAUGAUGUUGCUAACUUCUAGUAAAACAAGCUUGAGGCAUCCAGAAUGUACAUCUGCAAGAGAAAAUCGUGAUACCGUAUUCUGCCAAAUGAGAAGAGCCAUGGACCUUAUUCAUUAUGUAGUGAAAGACGGUGUCUUAAAUAGUGCCGAUUCAAGUGUUCAAUCAGUUCAUAGAGAGGGACUAUGUGAAAGUGACAGAGGAACGGCAUAUGCCUGUAUACAGCAUUUGCAAUAUAUCCUCGAACAUAGUAAAAUCUCUAUGGACCCUUCCUGUCAAGAGACACUUCCGACUGCUUUAGAGGCUGUCUUAGAAAGAACUCAGGACUUCACUGACAGUGCCUAUACUAGCCAUGAACAUAGAGAAGCCAUUUUAGAAUGUAGUGAAAGAAUUAAAACUGAACUGGAUCAUCUUCUAGGUCUUUAUGCAAAUGUAGGAUGUUUCGAGGAUGUAUCAAACUGUCCAGAGCUAGACAAUUCGGUGCAAGUAUGUAUCAACUCUUCGAGGGAUUUAUCAAGACAUUUAGCGAACGCUGCUAUAUAUCAGGCUCAGGACUUAAGCAGUGUAACGAAACAGGGACUGGAAUUAGUUGGUGGGAUUAGGCAACACGCAACCAUGUCGGAAAUCGAUAGACUGCAUCAUACCUCAAAUGCCUUUCAUGAUUCCAUUGACCAUAUUUUAGAGGUCUGCAAACUACUUCGAAACGUGGCCAUUUCCGACACGCUUCAAGUGUCUGCAAAAUUUACGGAAAUAAAUUUACGUGUUUACGGUCCUCAAGUGAUAACGGCAGCAAAGUGCUUGGCUGCUGUUCCCAGCAGCAAAAUUGCUCAAGAGAAUCUUGAAGUUUUUGCUGAUAUGUAUCAGUGGCUUAUCUCGGACGUGACGACAAUGGUGAAAGAUGUCAUUGACGCCACGCAAUCGAGACCGGAGAAACAAGUCUAUAUGUCUCUGCCAAGACCAGGGAAACAUGGUACUACCUCAAAACCUUUAAAAGCUGUUCGACUGGACGUAGCAGAGCAAGAGAAAAUUGCCAAAACCGGCCUCGAGAUGAAAUUAGCAACUACAGAAAUGGACGCUGAGACUGACAAGUGGCAAGAAAAUAAUAGUACUGCACAGUUAGAGGAAAACAAUGACAUUGUGAAGAGGGCGAAAAAUAUGUCAGCCAUGGCCUUUUCUAUGUACCAGUUUACAAAAGGUGAAGGAGAAUUAAAAACCACCCAGGAUUUGUUUACACAAGCUGAAUAUUUUGCUGAAGAGGCCAACAGGCUGUACAAAGUCAUAAGGCAGUUUAGUUAUCAGGUUCCUUGUGGUGCCAACAAGAAGGACCUUCUUGCUCACUUAGAUAAAGUACCAACUUUUGUCCAACGAUUGCAAUUCACCGUUAAGGACCAUACAGUAGGAAAAGCUGCUACUUUUACUAAAGUCGAUAAUGUGAUACAAGAAACUAAAAAUCUUAUGAACGUCAUUUCAAAGGUUGUUACUACUUGUUUCGAGUGCGCCACCAAAUUCUCUAUAGCGUUACCACAAAGAAUUAGAAUUCCAUGCGCAACCUUAGAUGAUAGACCGCUACCAGAGAAAUUCAGUCCACAAACCCUUCGUAGAAUAAUCAAAUUGCAAAGUUCAACUCUGCCAAGAUAGC